CUUGGACGCGGGUCAUCGAGUAAAUUUGACUCACUCACGAGAUCAAUUCUUCUUGAGUAACCUUCUCUCACUUCAUUGACUGUCGCUGUCUUUCUCAACCUCAGCUUCAACUCUACAUCCCACCUCGAGUCUCUCAGCAAGACUGCAACUGACCACCUAAUUGUCUAAUACCCCUCAUAAGUUCUUGAACAAUGGCAACCGAACUUCCCACCACAAACGGCCACAAUGCCCAGGAUGGCGAGAACAACUUCGCCGUCAAGGCAGGACUCGCCCGCAUGUUGAAGGGUGGUGUUAUCAUGGACGUCGUCAACGCCGAGCAGGCACGCAUAGCAGAAGAAGCCGGUGCUUCAGCCGUCAUGGCCCUCGAGCGCGUCCCCGCCGACAUCAGAGCUCAGGGCGGCGUGGCGCGCAUGUCGGACCCCAAGAUGAUCAGGGAGAUCAUGGAGACGGUUACUAUUCCCGUCAUGGCCAAGGCGAGAAUUGGUCACUUUGUUGAAUGCCAGAUCCUCGAAGCCCUCGGCGUAGACUACAUCGACGAAUCCGAAGUCCUUACCCCCGCCGACGCCAUCCACCACGUCAGCAAGCACCCCUUCAAGAUCCCCUUUGUAUGCGGCUGCCGCGGGCUCGGCGAAGCCCUGCGUCGCAUCGCUGAAGGCGCCGCCAUGAUCCGGACAAAAGGCGAAGCCGGGACGGGCGACGUUAUCGAAGCAGUACGCCAUAUGCGCACCGUAAACGCGGAGAUCAAGCGUGCGCAGGGCAUGGACGAGAUGGAGUUGCGCGUGUAUGCGAAGGAACUGCAGGUUGAUUAUGAUCUGCUGAAGGAGACGGCCAAGUUGGGGAGGUUGCCGGUGGUUAACUUCGCUGCCGGAGGUGUGGCGACGCCGGCCGAUGCGGCGCUGAUGAUGCAGUUGGGCUGCGACGGAGUCUUCGUUGGUUCAGGUAUCUUCAAGAGCGGAGACGCGGCGAAGCGCGCGAAGGCCAUCGUACAAGCCGUCACGCACUACAAGGAUCCUAAGGUGUUGAUGGAGGUCAGCAUGGAUCUGGGUGAGGCGAUGGUUGGCAUCAACUGUGGCACCAUGGGCGAGGAGGAGAAGCUUGCUAAGCGUGGAUGGUAAGCGCGAGGCUCUUGAAGAGCGAAUGGACGACAUGAUGAAAAGGCAUGAUGGACAUGAUAGUCAUGAUGGUCAUUUACAGGCGUUUGGGACCUGUAUGAGAAGCCGGCUUGCUUCAACACUGAGCAUUAGCACAUCUUCUCUCAAUGCAUUAUGAGGUGCGUAGACAUCCGCAAGAAUGCAAUGAUUAUUGAACGAAUUUGUUGCCUCCAGUGAUAGCUAUCAUCACAACCAAAAAGCUUCGACUACCUCUAUAAUCACGCAUCAGGCGGCCAAUCCUUGGAGUCAUGGGGAAUAUGGAUUGCGAAACUAUGAGUCACU